CGUCUGAUGUCAUUUAAUAAAUUGUAAUUUAAUUGAUGCAAUAGAUAUCGGCUCUUAAUGUUUGUAUAGAUUAGUUUGCUCUAUUGUGUUCACAAUAUGGACGUCUCGAGAAUCUUUGGGUUGGCGAUUUUGUCACUGCUCUACAUCAUGCUACCAAACGAGGCAGCUAUUGACCUAAAUUCCUACAAAUGCCCCCUAGAAGACCAUCCCCAAUACAAAAAUGAUACAGUUGUGCACAAUAUAACAAGGACGCGAAUCUGUUUGAACGGUAGAAAGAAGUUGGGCUGCUGUGUUCCUCGACAAUACUGCAAUUUCAGCACAGCUCAUAUUGACCUGACUCUCUAUGGACCUCCGGGGUAUCGCACGACAUGCAAGCAUGUAUGCUGCCCUCAAAAGUACAUCUUGGCGAUACCAUUACCAGCCAACAGUACUAAAGUAACAGCUAAACCUACAGUAACAUCAUCAUCAUCAUCAUCAACAUCAUCACAAGAUGUCGAUAGCUCCAGCGCGGAUCCUUAUGAUAACUUUGUUGAAGAUGAUGAUUAGAUCAUAUUGUAACCCCGCCUUUAA